CAGUCUGUCACUGUCACUGACAUUUAUUCAGAGACAACCCACCUUUGGUAUAAAUUUCCAAAAAAAAAUAAAUUAAUAAAAAUGAACAACCUAAUAAAUCGAUUUACUUCAUUGUCGAAAACAACACGAAAUAUCGUCUUUAUCCGAAAAUUGUCCAACAAUACAGAAGACGUAAUUACCCACACGGGCCAGAAAUGGGACUCUGAUGAUUACAGACUAGUCAGAUUCGCAAACGCCCCAAAACAAGUUAAUCCUAAUUGGGCUGUAGACUUGAUUGCCGAGGUGCCCCCAACACAAGUUACUGAAAGAGUAGUGUGGUGUGAUGGGGGCAGCGGGCCCGAAGGGCAUCCCAAAGUUUAUAUAAAUUUGGAUAAGCCAGGUGUUCAGUCAUGUGGAUAUUGUGGUUUGAGAUUUGAAAAAAAAGAUCAUCAUUAACUCUCCAAGAAUCUAUAAUUAAAAUAUUUCUUAGCAGGUAGUGGGAAAUGGACUGUAAAAUCUGUUAAAUAAAAAAGUUAAAACAUUUA